AUGAUCAUGCUCCCAUUGCACAUUUAUCUGCAACGUCUGAUUGCCACAUAUUCCAUUUGGGGCAUUUUGAUUGUGCUCAUGCUCUGGUUACCGCUCGAAGUGAUUCGCCGAACAGUUCCCGGCUUCUUGCCGUACCAGAUCAACGUGGCACAUGAGAGUCCUUUGGAUUACUCUGUGGAAAUUAUUCUCAUUCAAGUGGUGUUACCGUUCCUAUUGGACGCUCAUGCCAAGGCGAAUGCACGUCAAUGGCUCCGCGGUUGGUGCAUCCUGGUCAGCUGGCUAUUAAAUAUUCGCAGUUUUCUGUUGGGUGACGUGCCGUUAGAACCAGGAGACUCGGUGGUUAAUGAGAAUGGUCAGGAGGUGGCAUACACCCCACCCGGAACACGUAGUCCCACAGAAGACGGAGAACCGACCACAUCCGAGUCCGGCCAACCCCGGGCCCGUGAACCUCAAUCUACAUCUGGUCCCUCGCAAGGAACGGCAGCCAUCCCUCUAUCGCAACCGCAAGUCCGAUCUGGAUCUGAGCAUCAACCUCAAGCGAAUGAACCACCACCACCACCACACAUGGACGAGGAUGCGGAUGAAGAAGAUUUCACACGAUUCGUACCGUACAAACGAACAAGCUUUUUCACCAUACGGUUGUGUGGGUUCUUGGUGUGUGUUCUGAUUAGCUUGAUGCUGCUUAGCACCAGUCUUCUCGUGAUCCCAGUUGGUCUGGGACGUUUCGCAUUCAGCCUGAUCAGUUCGAAGAACACACAGAAACACGAUGCUGUGGCUUUGGUAGCCGGAUUCACACUUUUGGGUGUUAUGUUGCGUGUGGCCUCAUAUGUGCCCGACGUUUUGCGUUCUCUUCGUCAAUCGCUGUCCGCGUUUGUGCUCUGGUCUAGUCGCCUGUUUUGCUGGUCCAGACGUUUACAUGUCCUUCGUAUUUGGACUCGCUCCGGAACCACGUGCGAGAUCGCCAUCCCUCGUCCGGCAUUACCCGCUCCCAUACGAACUACUGCCGGGUCUUCAUCAGGCCCCAAUACUGCAACUUUCGGUUCCAGCACAUAUGAUCUAGUUCGCGCAUGCAACGAACGUUUGUGCAUUGUCUGUCGUCUGGUUUUGCAAGCUUCGCAAUUGUUUUGUCUGGCCUUGUUGUUGCUCGUGUUACUACCGGUGGCCCUUGGUCUUCUCAUCAAUCUUGUGUUCAUCACACCGUUCCAAGUAGCGCCACGGAAAACACUCAUUUUUGGAUUCUGGGAGGUGAGCAUUGCCAAUUUUGUGAUUAACCGUUGUUUUAUACGUAUUUACUGUCGCUGUUGA